UUUCAGCUCAGUUGCUAUCAGGACGCUGAGGAGAGAACACGAUUCUAUCGUCUUGUUUCUUCACUAAACCUUUGGUCGAUUUAGGCGUUCGUCAGAUAUCCAACCCUUACAAUUCGUAUCACCAGCUCCACAUUUAUCCGAGUUACCCACACCAAUUUUACUUGACCUAAGCAAAUUCCACCAGCCGUUUCGUUUUUCCCUUAUUAAUCAACCAACAAACUACCCCGGGUUCCCACACGUCUCUAAGCUUUGCAAGAUACCAAUCAUCAUUAUUAUCAACCUGAGUAAUCAAGUAAGCAUUCGUUCCUCUUAUAUGUCGGAUGGAUGAUAUAGUGGAGGAGGAAGUUGUCAAUUUUUCAUCUGUAUAAUAAAUUCUUGGAUAGUCGUAGAAAUUUUAACGAUCACGAGCUCAUUGACUUUGCUAACUUUAUAUACCACAUGCUCGUGGUUGUGUGUUGUACAAGAAUUAGUGAAUUACACCUGUAAAAGGUCGCUCCACACGCAAAAUUCUCCACUAUUGGACUUAAAAAGUUGGCUGCACAAGAAUUGACCGAAUACAAAUAUAAACUGUCGUACAUACGUACAUGAGACACGAAUGUUGUUAAUUCAUAAAUUCCUUAAUUACUCAAACAUUUCUAACCACCACUUUCGUCAUAAAGGGGACUGAGGAUGUGCACAUUAUAUUAAUUAACAGUCUACAAUCAGAAAGAAAAAGUCAAUAAACGUACGAGUGUCUUUAUUUUGCAGCUUAUCAGGAGCAAACAUUCUGCUAUAAAAACUGGGUGUGUGUGAACCUUAUACUUUUUGUCUCAAAUUCGUGAUUUGUUUUGAAACACUGUGUUACUCUUGGAUUCAUUCAUUGACCUGACUGACUGCAACAACAACAAGGAUUUCCUGAUCUCUGAUUUUCAUGAGAAUUUUAAAUUUUAAAAGAGUACACAGCAAUCAGUUGUGCAAUUUAUUCAUAAGAAGAAAACAGCACAGAACCCACGUGGGAAUUUGUGCCGAGAAGUUUCGAUAUUUAAAAAUACAGUAGAACCACUUGUCUGUCUCAACUUGAGCAAAAACGCACUACGAACGAGCAGAGAGUGUCUGUCUGCGUGUGAUGAAGAAGUAACUCGAGAAGUGAACAAGUUUAAGUAAGUGUGACUCUCUCGUUCCUUCUUCCGUUCUUUGUAUGAUAUUGCUCUUCUGCUACAAAAGUCGUCCACGACGUAUUCGUAAUUUAUAAUCGUCUUGCUCCGUUCCACUAAAACAAUUGGGAAUUGAAUAAAUUCAAAUUUGAGUGUUAACAGUGCGAAACUAAAUUAUUCAGAGAAAAAUUGGACUUGUGAUUGCAUUAGACUGGAGAACAGUGAGAAACAGAGAAAAAGGAACUCGACACUCGGAUUUGGAGAAAACUUUUGCAGAGUAAACAACAACUCAUCACGACGGAUGGAGGACAUCUCAAUAUUUGAUUUCAAAUUGGAUUGAAAUUCAGAACAAUAAACUCACCAACCAACCAGCAACCAGUCUGCCCAACAACUGCAAAAUCGUCGCAGGUUAGAGGCGACAAAAUAAGUUUUUAUUGACCACAAAAACCGCGAUUGAGUUGUGUUACUAAUUUACACCUUGAAGGCGUUCAACAUUUAAAUAUCCUAAUCAAGCAGCCGAACUAAACCACCGUUUCGAGGUAAUAACGUUAAAGUGGCGUGCCAAUGGAAAGUGAAUGUUUAAAUUUAUGAAGUGGAACUCUUAUUCAAAUUAGUUCAACGUGACCGUACACAAAGACUCAUUAUAUUUUCCUCGCCAGUAAGUACGAGUGCAAAACAUAAACAAUAUAGUCUAACAACAAAAAGAGAAGGGAUACAUAAUACGAAAGAAGCCUCCUCGCAUUUGAAUGCUACUGGUACUCCUUGUUCUGGACGUUAAACUGUGAAAAGUCCAUUAAACCGAUCGUUAUUGCUCACCAUUUGGACUACUGAACUGACUGUAUAGCUCAUUUGAUCUUCUCUGUGUCGGCAAAGGAACAAGAGUAUUAAUCUCCGUGUAAUGAGUAGUCUGAGCAAGAGUUGUACUAACACCAAAUUAAUUGCCAAGUCUUCAGAGGUUACUCCUUUAAUGCUUAACUCACUCGAGUUGUGAGUCGGAGAGGAACAAGAAGAAGAAUGACAAUGAUGAAAUCCAAGUUUAGUAAUUCAGUAAAGAUUAUCAGCAGAAGCAGUAGCGAAGGUAGUGACAUGGAGGAUCUGAUUAAUUGUCAGAGCGACCUGGAGAGAACAGCGUCACAUUCAUACUCGUCAUCGUCACCAUCCUUCAGAAGAGGCGGAGGGGGAACGAAAGGGAGGAUUAUCCUGACCCUUUUUAUUUGUACGAGUCUGAUGCUGGGGACGGGAAACGGACUCAGGAUUAACAGUCAUGGGGGUUAUGAGGACCUGGUCGUGUCGAUAGGAAAUGACGUACCUCCAAUCGCUUGCCAACAACUCAUCCAAAAUCUGCAGUUGAUAUUCACAUCUGCCAGUGAGUACCUGAACACAGCUACGAAAGGCCGGGCUUAUUUCCACCGAGUGCACAUAAUUCUCCCCGCUGCCUGGGACUACCGAGCUUGUGGCAAGAUGUUGCCCAAUUCAUACACGAGUGCGAGCAGUAUCAGAGACUCUCAAUUCCGAAUCGGAGGAGAACAUCCGGUGUUCGGGCAUAACCCUUGGACUCAGCAGAGCAAGGGAUGUGGGCAACAGGGCGACAUGAUUUCCGCUGGUUUCCAGUACGUUCUUCAGUACAACGACACUGAGGCUGGACAUUCGACUCCAGAGCGUACCUUUGUCAAGGAAUUUGUGAAGUUUCGUUACGGAGUAUUUGAAGAAACCGGAUUUGAAAACGACCCGAUCUACCCCACUGCUUAUUAUCAUGGAACUGGAAGCAAGGACGAGAGAAAGCCAACUUCCUGCACAAAUCGCCCAUUGACUGGAAACUGGUCGGGAACUUGUAAUCCUUCCGGGGCCAAUUGCGCGUUCGUCCCAUUCCUCAACGGCAACGACAACAUUACUUCUUCGAUCAUGUCCAACCCUCAUCUGCCCCACGUGACCACCUUCUGUGACUCCACAAAUCAUAAUCGUCAAGCCCCCACGAAGCAAAACUUCCUCUGUGACCACAAGUCCAUCUCAGAAAUUAUCAACUCUCAUCCUGAUUUUCAUAACAUCUCCCUCCCCAGGAGCGGCCGAGCCACGCCGGAAUUUGUCAUCAAGCAGCUCACCCAACCUCGGUUCGUGCUCAUGGUGGAGGAAACUGGAAACAUGAAUUUGAGGGACGUUUGGCGUUUUCUUAAACUCGCCGUGAGAAAGUUAAUCAAAUAUGAUUUGCCGACCGGGACGCAAAUUGGAUUAAUGACGGUCAGCUCAGAUAUUCGGAUUCUUGCAAACAUGACAGUUCUUGAUGAUAACGUGAGAGCGAUCCUCGCAGAGAAGUUGCCCAACUAUCCCAACAUCGAGAGUGGAAGUGGAACACUUUCUCUUAGGAAAGGAAUCAGUCAGAGCAUCAAUAUGCUGAAAUGGAAUGGAGGGAGGGUUGGAGGGUCAGUGAUAAUACUCAUCAGUCAAGGCACUAUUUCCCCAUUGGACUUGGAAGCGUCGGUACAUCUUCUAAAAAUGGAAGACGUUGCCCUUGCCACAAUUGAAUACCCUUCAAUUGGGGACGGCAAGAUUUCAGCUUUGUCUCAAGCUACUAAUAGCCCCCACUUUGCAAUACGGGAGACGGGCGUGGGCACGGUUAGCCAUAUGUCGACCUACAUCCAACUGGUUAAUUCUUUGAUGUCCAUUCAAAAUCUGUAUUGUGGGAAUUUAGUAAAAAAGAGAGUUUUGAUUCACCAAGCAGAAUUCAAAGGUGAUGCUCCAUCCGUCGUGGAAUCACAAUUUAAUUUCGACGCUGCGCAAGUACCUGCCGAAUUCCACGUCUACAUUCCAAGUUCUAUAGACCCAAAAGUCAAUAGAGUGGAGCUGACUAGUCCCGCAGGAACGAAAUUUUCGGAUCACACAUCAACUUUACACGAUAUAAAUGUGAUGAAGAUGGGAGUUCUUAUCGAUCAACCUGGAAUUUGGCGAUACCGGAUAGAACGAUUGGGUGACAGCCACCAGUCUCACUUUGUGCAAGUGGUGACAAACACAUUGGCUACAAACAUGGCACAUGAAGAAGUGACUGUUCGAGUGUUUUCAAAUGUGGAUGAUGAAGCCCGAGGAGCGAAUUUAAGCCAGAUGCCCUUGAUUCUGUAUGCCUCAGUAAAACGGGGUCUUUCUCCAGUUAUUGAUGCAGAGGUGGAAUGCCUGAUUGUUGCUGGGACCCAUAAAUGGAGUAUCAAACUUUGGGACAAUGGGAAUGGAGAUCCAGACCUUACCAAGGAUGACGGAAUUUACUCACGUUAUAUUAUUCCUCCUCCCUCCGUGCAGUCUUCGGUUCUGGAAAUAACAGUCAAAGUAUUAAGUUCUCCAUAUAAAACCAAAUACAUUGGUACUGACAAUUCCAUUGGAGGUCACACUUCCUACCGCCGUAAACAGCAAACCGUUGAAACUUGUUGUGGUAGUCGACUCAUCUCGUCGGACUCACCGGCACUCAAAACCAUGGCUUACACCGAGCGAGUCUCAUUUUACUCUGUCAAGGUUUCAAAUGCUCGAAAUUCUGAAAUCUAUCCACCAAGCAGAAUUGGAGAUCUCCGUUUGGUUGACUCUUACGACACCACAGUCACAUUGAGCUUCACAGCCCCCGGAGAUGACUAUGACCAUAAGACGGUAGACAUGUAUCAAGUUUUCUAUAGACGUUCCUUCGACUCUGUAGCCGUACUGAAGGAGCAAGUCUUGUCGCAAGAUAUCCCAGCCGGCUCUGAAGUCAACAUGACAAUCCGUCUCCCAUCCCAUGGCAUAUUUUAUCUCUCGAUUGUGGCGAUUGACCCGUACAAAGUCAAAGGGAAGUCCUCGAACACCGUGCAGGUGAAAGCGGAACCUCCACCACCAGAGACAAAUACCGGUAGCUCAGAGUCGCAGAUUGACAUUGAGGCGAAGAAGAAUUCUGAAGGAAAACUAACUUCGACUGACAUUGCUUUGAUAAUUGUGGGCGUCAUCGCUUUCUUCAUUCUUCUUGCUGUGAUCAUCGUGGUCUGUGUCUACUGUAGACGACGCAAUUCCAAAGGCAUGGGAUCAACGGACACCCAUAUAUCCACAAUAUCAGACACGUCGAAAGCUCCCAUUCACUGGUCUGCGAGUCAAUUACUUAGUGAACAUGAGAAACGACAAAGCAUGACAUACGCUCCAAGUUCUCAUAGUGGUGGCGUUCCAGCGUCUCAGCAAGGCAGCUAUGGUCAGAAUGUCCACCAUCACCAUGUCGGUGGUGGAAUUGGUCACUUCAACGGGAGCCCAGGAUCAUCCACGAGGUCAUUCAGAUCAAUUAGUGAUAACGCACGGAAGACGAGUGUGGACUAUGAGAGCUGCUCAUCAGAUCCCACUAUUCGGAGUGCCAAAGGGGGUGGUCCCACGGAUUAUGAAACUCCGAUUGAAAGCGACCAAGAGAACUAUCGGACCAUAGAUAGUUACUCAGGGAUUCCUCCGUAUCGACUCGUGAAUGGGAUCCCUCACCACAACUACAACAUUCCAAGGGGCUCGGCGGCAUCUCAUCCAGCGGUCCCAGCAGUCAACUCGUCUAAUUCGAGUAGUCACAUGCAGUAUAAUCCCAACAUUCAGGGAUCCCUUACCUCUGUAAAUAGCAAGGCGAGAAGGAAUAUUACAAUGGUUUAAAUAUAUUUUAUUUAUUUAUUUAUAAUGUAAGCCACUCACAAGUCACUAGUAAUGUAGAAUUGGAUAUUGUAUAUAUACAACUGCACUUGCACCUCUAUCAAUGUUGCCACUAUGUACAGCAUGCUCUACUACUACGUAUAUAUAAUGCAUAUAUGCUUAUAUAAGUUUCUAGCAUUUCAAUGUUUUUCUCUUCUUGAUUCACGUAUUUCUAAAAUUCUCACUGCUGGAUUUUCGGUCUUGGCUACUGCCGGAUCGAUCCUAACAAAAAUAAGUUCUAAGCGUAAUAUAUUAUAUUACCACACCUACGUACUUACAGAUACUCGGUGGGUUUAUAUUGCUAUCUAUAUCUUUGUCUUUAUUAUUAGAUAUGAAGGCACACACCAUUAAAUUUAUGCUCAACUUCGUGUAAACGAGAAAUGCUCUAUGCAUAAGUAUGUACAUAUGUUUUAAUGUGACUGUUUCUAGCUUUUUCAACAAAUCUAUAUACUUGAUCCGUCGAAUUCACUUUACAUUUUAUGAACUUGACUUGAACUAUUAUCACGAACAAAGUAAGUUUCUUGCAGCGACACCAAACAAAUCAUCACACGAUUUAGUCCGAUCUAUAUAGAAUAAAUAUAUAUAAAGAUGUAUGUACAUAUUUCGCUUAUUAUGUAAAACGAAUAUUAUUAUGUAAUCAUUGACUGUUCUGUCAUACUUUACCAAGACUAAAAUGUUUAAGACAUGUCUGCACACACACACACACACACACGUUACAAAACAUAAACAUAGGAAACAUGUAUUUUACUUGUAGUUCCAAGGAGUGGGAGUAAUUUGUGUAAAAGAAAGCUAGACGCGAGAAAUACCUACAAAAACCACCAUAUAUAAAUAAAUAUCUAUAAAAAUACUACAUACUUGCAUCACAUUAUGUUUGCUCGUAUAUUUUACCAGUAAAAAAUGCUUGUGAAUUGUCAUCUGUACAGUAAUGAAGGAGGACAGAGAUGUAAUUUAUUUAUUUUUGCGUGUAGCGUGCCAAACCUCUUGUGUUCUGUCUGUCCAGCAACCAAACCCAACUAAAAUCAAAUCAAACUUAACAAAAUUCGAAAUACUAUACCACCGCGUACUAUACAGUCUGUCAUCACUUGUUAUUUGCCCGUUGCGAUGUCUAGUCCACUCGUGUACCCUCGUGAUCUAAUAUAAUUACUGAAGCCAGAGUGUUAUUGCAAUCGUCUAAUUGUAACGGUAUACAAAAUGUAGUUUUUAUUGUGGUGCAUCAAAGUCAACCGGACAGAAUUUAUACGCGCCAAAAUCACGUGCCCACUUGAUUAACACUUCAUGCGGGCCCAACUUCAAAUCAAAUCCAUCCGGUUGACUUCGAUUCACCUAAAUACUAAUAAGUAUGUAGCAGACAAGUCGUGGAGACAGAGUACACAAGAGACGCGAGAGGAUUUUUUACCUUGUUUAGAUAAUCUUGUUAAGAUACCAGUUUUAUUGUGACGUAAUAUGUAAUCAUUAUAGAAAGUGUAAUAAAACCGCUAUUAUUAUGGCUAUGAUGAAAA